AUAACGUCAUCUGGCAAUUUCUGUAAGCUUUUCCAUCCUCCGUUUUUCUUCUUUAUGUAGCCUUGGAAGAAAGCAUUAGGUCUUUUUGCAGGAGAACGAGAGAGAGAGCCGUGCAAGGACUGUACUGUUGAGAGAUUCGCAAGGAUGGAGCGUUAUGAGUAUCUGAAAGAUAUCGGGUCGGGAAAUUUCGGUGUUGCUAAGCUUGUAAGAGAUAGGUGGACUAAGGAGUUCUUUGCUGUGAAAUAUAUAGAGAGAGGGCAGAAGAUUGAUGAGCAUGUGCUGAGGGAGAUUAUGAACCACAGAUCCUUAAAACAUCCCAAUAUUGUUAGAUUCAAAGAGGUCCUGUUAACUCCUACACACCUAGCCAUUGUCAUGGAAUAUGCUGCUGGAGGCGAACUUUUUGAGAGGAUAUGCAAUGCUGGUAGAUUCAGUGAGGAUGAGGCUAGGUUUUUCUUUCAACAACUGAUUUCAGGAGUCAGCUAUUGUCAUUCCAUGCAAAUCUGCCACAGGGAUCUUAAGCUGGAAAACACCCUCUUAGAUGGGAGCACGGCACCCCGUCUUAAAAUAUGUGAUUUUGGCUAUUCUAAGUCAUCUGUAUUGCAUUCGCAACCAAAAUCAACCGUAGGAACACCUGCGUACAUUGCUCCAGAGGUCCUAACGAGAAAGGAAUAUGAUGGCAAGAUUGCAGAUGUCUGGUCUUGUGGGGUUACUUUAUAUGUGAUGCUGGUUGGGGCUUAUCCGUUUGAGGAUCCGGACGAUCCAAGGAACUUUAGAAAGACACUUGGGCGGAUACUCAGCGUCCACUACUCCAUUCCAGACUAUGUACGAGUUUCUCUGCAGUGUCGGCAUCUCUUGUCCCGGAUAUUUGUUGCCAACCCUGAGAAGAGAAUAACCAUUCCAGAAAUAAAGAGUCACACAUGGUUCUUGGGAAACUUGCCGAUAGAGCUGAUGGAAGGAGAAGAGAGGGACUUGCACAGUGACGAUGCAGAUUCUCCUUCCCAGAGUGUUGAAGAUGUAAUGUCUAUAAUACAAGAAGCCCGGAAACCUGCAGAGGGCCCCAAAGACGGUGGGCAUUUCAUCGGCGGGAGUGCAGACCUGGAUGACAUCGAUUCAGAUACGGACCUCGAUGACAUGGAAACGAGUGGGGAAUUUGUAUGUGCAAUGUUGCCAAAGUGAAGUGUUGAAGUAGGGCUUUUUGGGUUUUGCUGAGGAGCCUGGCUGUUCUCAGCCUACAAACAUUGUGCUGGUUUUUGUUUAGUUUCUUAGAUUAAGAAAGGCUCGGUGGCUCGGGGCUCGGAUUAUGUGUGAGCAGGCCUUUGCGGAUCGAAUGACAGAUGCUGGGUGCCGUUGCUGUUGUGUAAUCUGUAUUUGUGUAGUUGUAAUCACUGUUUUUGUUUGA